AUGCAGUGCACUCCUCAUGACCUCCUGCCCGCACCACGAAGAUCGCGGGACACCCAGCAUCAUGCACCCAGAGGAGAGGACGAAAGUCGGCGAGUGCUCUGUAUCACGAUGUCUGAUGAUGAACACUCACCACUGCUCACGAUGCACGAUGCAGACUUUUGGCGACACCUCCAACCUCCAGUUCACGCUCCCCCACGCCGUCGAACGCAAAUGUUCGGUGGCACGUUUGUUUUCGGAGGUCGAAGGGCACCCCUAGGUCAGUUAAAAAAAGAUUUUUCAUAUCCCUACAAUACAGUGCUAACUUUUUCCUCCUCGUCAUUGCACCAGCCACUGCAGUGCGAUGACGCCGCUCCGGCCCCACACUCCCACACUCUCCUGCCACCUCGGUCCCUCAUCCUCCUCCGCCCUCCUCGUUCGCACGAGGAGCCGACACGUGGACAGCCAGGCAACACCGCAUGGCUGCGCGAGGUUGACGGCCCCACCCUCUCACCACGGCCUCGCACUCCCCUUGCGCUUCACCUCUCUGUCCUCCGGCCUUCUCGUUCGUGCGAGGAGCCAACACGCAGACUGCGAGAAGACACCGUGUGGCUGCGCGAGGUUGAUGGCCCCGCCCUCGCACCGCCGCUUCGCACUCCCCUCGCCCUUCGCCCCUCUGUCCUCCAGCCUUCUCGUUCGCGCAAGGAGCCGACACGUGGACUGCGAGGAGACACUGCGCGGCUGCGUGAGGUCGAUGGCGUGCAAGGAGCCGACACAUGGACCAUGACGAGACACCGCGUGGCUGCACGAGGUCGAUGGCCCGGCCCUCGCACCGCCGCUUCGCACUCCCCUCGCCCUUCGCCCCUCUGUCCUCCAGCCUUCUCGUUCGCGCAAGGAGCCGACACGUGGACUGCGAGGAGACACUGCGUGGCUGCGUGA